UUGACGCUGAUCGGUUCUGUUAUUGUUGCUCGGACAGCACGAGAGUUUGGAUUCUGAACACUGAGCGUCCGUGGGAGGAAGUCGCGGGCACCGGCGGGCCGUGUGCAGAGCUCUCUGAGGUCCGGUGUGAGGUGAAUGACGUCGAAGCAGGGAGGAUUCUGCUGUGGAACGCUGGUUGGUGCUGAGUGACAGCUGAUACGGCCGGCCGCAGGGGGUUGCUGUAGCUGAGCUGGGGAGUCGGGAAAGCGGGGUUACUGAUGGAGCCCGCCAUGGCGAGCCUGGGGCUGGUGUCUGGGGGUGAUCGCGCUGCACUCGGAUCGAGCAGUGGCCUGCGAGAAGAGAAAAAUCAGGCCACAUCAUCCAGACUGUGGGAUUUUCUGCCUCAUCACAGCUGGCCUCUGCUCAGCUGCCCUCCUGGGAACCUCUAGGCACUCACCCAGCUUCCAGUUCCUGAGAAAAUCGGAUCUGCCAGCAAAAGAGGCCAAGAGAGGAAACAUACCUGCUGCCAUGAAUUUAUCCCAGGAACCCCAGAGACUGAGCCUGCAGGAGCAGGAUGGGUCAUGCGAGAGAUUAGGGGUGGUGUCCUUUGAGGAUGUGACUGUGGACUUCAGCCAGGAGGAGUGGCGGCGCCUGGACCCUGCCCAGAGACGCCUGUACCAGGACGUGAUGCUGGAGAUCUACAGCCACCUCUUGGCAGUGGGGUACCCCAUUCCCAGCCCUGGGGCCAUCCUCAGGAUAAAGCAAAGAAAGGAGGAAUGGAUGGGAGAGGUUAAGUUCCCACAUCAGCAGUGUGGGUGUCAAGAAGUGGAAUCAGAGUUUUACACCCCUCCACAGAAAGUUUCUGAGAAUGCAGCAUUUCAAAUUAGUAAGGCAAGUGAAAUCAUAAGACAUGGUUUGUGGUGCUCUGUUUUAGAAGAACUGUGGCAAGAUCCUGACCCCACAAAAAGAGAUCAGCAAAACCAUAUCCCACCCUGGAAUCCUGGUGCUUUCCUCAACAAGAAAACGCAGAGAACAGACAGAGACUGUGAAUAUAAAGAGUCCGGGAAAACCAUCCCUUUAGUGUCCAACCUUAUUUCUACACAAAAGGGAGCUCCAAAGUUAUGUGCAAAAGGUUUGAAGCAUAACCUUGAAGCAAAGGGUGAAGAUCAAAACAACAUCACAAAACAGCUCAAUGAUGUCGUUACGUCUGGCCAGCUCUUCACACAAGACUCUUCUAAUGCUGACUGUACAAUUCCUCAUGAAGGACAGAAUUCAUGCAAAGGUAGCCAGUGCAGAAAAGUUCUCAUCCAUAAACAAACACUUACACAGCAAGUAGUUCAUUCUAAGGAGAAACCAGAUGCAUGCACUGAGUGUGGAAAGGUCUUCUAUGACAUGUCUGCUUUCAGUAAACAUCAGGCAACUCACACUGGAGAAAGACCUUUUGUCUGUCACAAGUGUGGGAAAACAUUCCUCCAGAAGUCAGAGUUGACCUUUCAUCAAGAAACUCACAUAGAGAAACCUUAUGAGUGUCCCGACUGUGGGAAAUCAUUUAGUCGUACAUCCAACCUGCAGGUCCAUCAUCGAAUUCACACUGGAGAGAAACCUUAUGAAUGCGGUGACUGUGGGAAAUCCUUCAAUAAUACAUCCCAACUGAAAGUACAUUAUCGAAUACAUACAGGGGAGAGACCAUAUGUGUGUCCUGUAUGUGGGAAAGCCUUCAAGCAGAAGUCAAUCCUCAGUACUCAUGAGACAAUUCACACCGGGGAGAAGCCUUACAAAUGUACUGUUUGUGGGAAAUUAUUUAGUUGUACAUCCCGACUGAAAGUGCAUUAUCAGAUUCAUAUGAAGGAGAAACCUUAUGAAUGUGGUGACUGUGGGAAAGCCUUCAAGCGAAAGUCAAGUCUCACCGUUCACCAGAAGAUACAUAUUAGACAAAUACACCAUGUAUGCAGUGAGUGUGGGAAAGCUUUCAACCAGAAGUCAGAGCUCAGCAUGCACCAGAGGAUUCAUCUGGGGAAGAAUUCUCACAAAUGCGGUGACUGUGGGAAGUCAUUUACUUAUGCAUCCCAGUUGAAGAUGCAUUAUCGAGUUCACACAGGGGAGAAGCCUUACAAGUGCCGGGACUGUGGGAAAUCAUUUACUUAUUCAUUCACACUGAAUGUGCACCGUCGAAUUCACAAAGUGGAGAAGCCUCACAAAUGUAGUGUCUGUGGGAAAGCCUUGGCUUCUAAGUACCAACUUGAAGAGCAUGAGCGAAUUCACACAGGAGAGAAACCUUAUGUGUGCACCGAAUGUGGAAAAGGUUUUCAUGGUAGGUCAGGUUUCCUGAGACAUCAGCUAACUCACACUAGGGAUAAACCUUUUGUCUGUCACAAAUGUGGAAAGGCCUUCUUUCAGAGGUCACAACUGACAUCUCAUCAACAAACUCACACGGGAGAGAAGCCUUAUAAAUGUCGUUACUGUGGGAAAUCAUUCAGUCAUACAUCCCAACUGACAGUACAUCAUCGAAUUCACACAGGAGAGAGACCUUACAAAUGCAACUACUGUGGGAAGUCGUUCAGUAAUUCCUCCCAACUGAAAGAGCAUCUCCGAAUUCAUACUGGGGAGACACCUUAUGCAUGUUCUGAAUGCGGGAAGGCCUUCAGCCGAAGAUCGUCCCUUAAUCUCCACACAAAAAUUCAUACUGGAGAAAAACACCAUGUGUGUAGUGAGUGUGGGAAAGCCUUUAGUCAGAAGUCAGUACUUCGAACACAUCAGAGAAUUCACACUGGGGAGAAGCCUUACAAAUGCAGUGACUGUGGGAAAGCCUUGACUUCAAAGGGCCAACUCCGAGAUCACCAGAGAAUUCACACGGGUGAGAAGCCCUAUGUCUGCACGGAAUGUGGGAAGGGCUUCUUUGGCAGGUCAUCUUUGCAUAGACAUCAGAUAACUCACACCAAGGAGAGACCUUUUAUCUGUCAAAAAUGUGGGAAAACCUUCAUCCAGAAGUCAGCAUUGACAUCACAUCAGCAAAUUCAUACAGGCGAGAAACCCUAUGUGUGCCCUGAAUGUGGGAAGGGCUUCUACAAUAAGUCGUCUUUGCCUAGACAUCAGAUGACUCACACUAGAGGGAGAUCUUUUGUCUGUCAAAAAUGUGGGAAGGCAUUCCUCCAGAAGUCCGUGUUGAAAUGCCAUCAGCGGACUCACACUUGCAAGAAGCCAUAGGAAAGCCGUGGGAAAUCAUUCCAUAACACGUCCCACUGAAGGCCAUCAUCAUAUACACAUAGAAAUGCAGAGAAGGGUCGGGCGGCAGCGGCACACGUCUUUGAUCCCAGCACUCAGGAGGCAGAGCCAGGCAGAUCUCUGUGAGUUCGAGAUCAGCCUGGUCUACAGAGUGAGAUCCAGGACAGGCACCAAAACUACACAGAGAAACCCUGUCUUGAAAAACCAAAAAAAAAAAAAAAAAUAAAUAAAAAAUAAAAAAUGCAAAGAGGAUGGGAAGUCAUCCAGCAGUGCAUCCCAACUGGAUGUGCAGCACUAGAUUCAUAUGGGGAAAGAGCCUAUUGUGUUCUGAGUGUAGAAAGGCCUUCAACAGCAUGUCACAUUACAGUAAAUACCAAGCAACUCAUACCAGACACAGUUCUUAUAGGCUGUUUUUGUGUGAAAAGCUUUUCCAAGAAAUCAGUGCAUAGUCUAUAAACAGAUUUCCAACUGAGGUAUAGUCCUUAAAUCCUUUGAAGAAAAUGUUUUGAAAGAACUUAUUGCACACUAUAGCUUCUGUAUGUUAAAAGAUCUACAUAUGCACUGCUUGUUUAAACACAUUAUUCACAAGAGAAUUUGUUGUGUGAUUAUGGAUUUCAUCCUAGGAGGAACCCCUAAAGCAAUGGUCUGAGGAAAGUUUCUCUAUAGAAAAUGCCAAAAGACACAUUGGUACCAGACUAUAGAAAAGUUUUGGGGAUUUUAUAUCAACAAUAUUCCUGUUUAUUAUGGGAUAAUAAUAUUUAUAAUGCAAGAAAGAAAAUGACAAGAUUGUGUGAUCUGUCAAAACUGUCUAAUGUGUAUGUAUGAUUGCAUAUUUAUUUGUUUAUGUGACAUCAAUGUUUACAUAUGUAUUGCCUCAUACUAGUGGGGUUUGACAUGGAAGUCAUUGCCUAACAUGAGUUUCUUUUUUUAAAAAUCUGAUGUGUGUUGACAAUCUAUCCCUUAUUCACACCAUCUUGAGGCUGCACUAUCAAUAAUUAUUAGUCUUUUCAUCAUAUGAAAAUAACUUUUGAGAUAAAUCCAUAAGUGAAAGUCUAUAGCAUUCACUGCUCCUGGUAUUGUAACUUUUCUCUUCCAUGAUUAGCUCAGCUUAUUUUUUUUGCAUGUGUCCCGUCUGUAAAUGAACUACAUAGACAGAGCCAUUAUAGAAUUAUUAUAGAAUAAUAUAAUUAUAGAAUCAUUGAAGACUUCUUCAUAGUCUUAUGCAGGCUUCUAGUGCACACAAGAAGACAGUAAAUAGUGUAGUGUGUGUGUGUGUGUGUGUGUGUGUGUGUGUGUGUGUGUGUGUAUACACAUGCAUGAGUGCCAAGGCACAGGUGUGAAAAACUCAGAGAACAGUUCGUGAGUUGGUUCUUAGCUAACAACAUGCAAGUCCCAGGAAUUGAGCUCAGGUAGGUCAUCAGGCAUGGCAACAUGUGCCAUUAACCACUGAGCUAGCUCAUGCCCACCAAUGGAUUUUUUUUUUUUUUUUUGAGAGUCUCACUGUGUAGCCUUGGCUGACCUGGAGCAUGAGCUGGUCUUGAACUCAGAGACCCACCUGCCACUGUCUCCCAAGUGCUGGGACUAAAGGCACGCACCAUCAUGCCUGCUUGAAUUUUUUAAAUAAAGUUUUAUGCAGUGUAGCUAUGAUCAUUUGUAUAUAUUCUGGGGAUGCUUUGUUGCUCCACUAGUACAGCUGAGUAGUUGUGGGAGAAACCAUUUGAUCUCCAAGCUACAAAUAUUUAUUAUCUGGCUCUUCACAGAACAUAUUUGCCAAUAUGUGACACAUGCAUCACUAUCCACAUAAUCAUAUCCCUGUAUAGAAUUUCUUUUCUUUGUUUUAUAAAAAGCAAACCACAUCUGUGUAUAUAUUGUUUUUCUACUCUAAAAUACAUACCUUCAUUGGCAGCAUGGUGUGCUAUGAAGUUGAAAUACCAUAAUCCAGAGCCAGGUGUAGUGACACACACUUUUAAUCAUAGCACUCAGGACACAGGCAGGCAGAACUCUUGAGUCUGAGGUCAGCUUGGGCUACAUAAUGAGUUCCAGGACUACCAGGGCAAUAGAGAAGGACCUUGUCUCAAAGAACAACAACAAGGUCGAGAUAACUUUCUGAAAAGCGUGAAUCAGAAAAGGAGGAGCCAAAGAGAAGGGUAACUGGGUUCAACUGAAGCGGCAGCCUGUUUCACCCAAAACUUUGUGAGAACUGACAGAAAAGAGUCUGAGCUGCUGUAGCCCAUUCCCUGUAAAUCAUGGCUUAGUGUAAAAAAAAGGGGGGGGGGGAGACCUAGACUAUUAAAAACCAAGAGAACAUGGACUAAGAGAAUUCCCUGAAGAAGUUCUUUUAAAGUGUUUAUCCUCCUUAGCUAACAUCUUACCCUGGUCAGAAUGGCCGUUAUCAAUGGACAACAAACCUGCUGAGGAUGUGAAGAAAAGGGAGCCUUUACUGACUGUUGGAGGAAAUGCAGAUUGCAACCCUAAUGAAAUCAGUCUGGGGUUCUGUUGUCGUGUUUGGUUGGUUUGUUUGAUUUGAUUUGAUUUGAUUUUGAGACAGGAUCUCACUAUGCAGCCUUAGUGGUGGUUUCUGAAAUUACUAAAACUGGAACUGCCCCAUGACCCAGCUAACCACUUCCAGAUAUACACCCUGGGAAUCUGUAUCGUACCACAGAGAUACUAACACACCCGACCCAGCUAACCACUUCCAGAUACACACCCUGGGAAUCUGUAUCGUACCACAGAGAUACUAACACACCCGUUUUCACCACUACUCUUCACAAUUACAAAGAAAUGAAAUCAGUCUAGAUGUCCAUCAGUACAGAUGGGUGUAUGUAUAAUGAGCCUGUAGUAUAAAUACAAUGGAAUUUCAUGAGUCAUAAAAAUGAAAUUUAUAGUAAAAUAAAUUAAAUUGGAAAAUUUGAGGUAAGGUCAUCCAGGAAGACAAUAACUUAUUCUUUCUCAUAUACAGAUAUUUCUGAUUUUAUGUAUGUACAGCUUCAGCUUCUGAGUGUCUCUAAUGGCUCAUCACCUCCAUGAGGCAAGUGCUUCAUCUUGGUGAACUAGCUGUGGUUUGGGCUGCAAGACACAUGGGCAUUGUACAAGGUUUAUUGACUGAAAAAGUCAAUUUUGAAAGAAAUUCUGGAAGAACAAGAUUGUGCCUGUGAUGCAAUAAAUGGGUAUAGUUAACAAUAAUGACAUGUUUAGAAGCAGCAGAUAAAUGAAGAGCAGAGACUGACAUUUGCAUAACACUAACUUUCAUGUAGUUUACUAUAAUUUUGCCCCGUGGUGAUGGAUGGCUGAGCCUUCUCUUUGGAGACUCGAGCUGUAUCUUUGAUGAUAAAACUGUGUUCUCCAAAUCAUCA